AUGGACGCUCUUACCCCCGCAGAACAGAGAGAGCUUGGAUCUCGGCUCGAACGAAGACAGAUGACCGAAUUCAUGACGACAUUCAGCGGCCUCGUUCAGACCUGCUUCGAUGACUGUGUCAACGACUUCACAUCGAAGGCCACGACUCCCCGGGAGCAGGGUUGUGUGUCGAGGUGCUUCGAGAAGCACAUGAAAGCUACCGAGCGACUUGGAGAACGAUUUCAAGAGCAGAACGCCGCAAUGCAGGCAGAGCAGGGCCUCAGAUAG